GGGCCGGCGGGAGAGGGCGUGGUGCGGGGCGCGCGAGCCGGGGUCUCGUGCGCGCCUCGCAGUUCAUGCGGCGUGCUGUGACGAUUGGGGCGGCUGUUUGGCGUAUGGCACUGGCGAUUUGGAGAGCGCCUGAUAUCGCCGCUGCUUAGGAACACAAAUAGGUCCGGCCUCACCUGACCGCCAUGGCGGACGCGGUGUACCCGGGCAGUCUGUUCUUUUCCGGACUGGCGGCGUGGGCCGGCAUGCCAGUGGAUCAGGUGAACUUCCUACUGGGCCAGCUGGCCGGCCUGCUGGCCGCCUGCCUGUUCCGUCUGAGGCUGCCGCCCGGCCGAGUGGGCGCCACGGCGCGCCACCUGGCGGCUGCCAGCAUCGGGCUGGCUGUGCUGCUCCUCUGCUACGGCCGGGACACCAAGCACGUGAUCGCGCAGGCGGCGCUCAACUACGGCGUCAUCCGCCUGGCCCCGGCCCACUCCGUCCACAGGUUGUGUUUGCUGGCGGCUAUGGCGUACCUCACUGUGAUCCACUACUGGCGGCUGGGCAGGCCGCAACAGUACAUAGACAUCUCAGGGCCUGUGAUGGUGCUGACCAUGAAGACAACCCUGCUGGCGUUCAACCUACACGACGCCAGCAGGGCCGCCUCGGGCGAUGUGGAGCUGAAGCCGAUGCUGCGAAGCAUAGCCGUCAGCAAAGCUCCGUCCCUGGUCGAGUUUGCGGGGUACGCGUUCAACUUCCAGACCGUACUCGUGGGACCAAUGAUAGACUUCUCUCACUACCGCCACUUCAUCGAGGUUGGACUCUCACCGACGCCGCUCUCAGACAAGGCUAGCUCGGACGACAACGACAACCUGGUGUCGCCGUCGCCUACGCCGGCCGUCCUGCGCAAGAUGGUGCUGGCCAUGAUCACCUCGGCCUGCGUGGUGUUCCUGGUGCCGCUGGUGCCGCACUCAUUCUUCAAAGAGGAGGCCUACCACGCCUGGUCGUGGCGCCGCCAGUGGGGCUACAUGUACCUGUCGGGCAUGAUGGCGCGCAUGAAGUACUACGCCGCCUGGACCCUGGCCGAGGCCGUCUGCAACGCCUCGGGGCUCGGCUACAGCGGCCGGCGUGACGACGGAAGCCAGCGCUGGGGGGCCGCCGCCAACGUCAACGUCUGGAAGGUCGAGUUCGGCUCCAGCUUCCGGGAGGUGCUGGAGGGCUGGAACGUGGGCACGGGUCGGUGGCUGCGCCUGGUGGCCUACGAGCGAGCCAGCCGACACCGCACGGCCGCCGUCUACGCCCUGAGCGCUCUCUGGCACGGCCUCGACCCCUGCUACUACGCCACGUUUGCCGUCGGCGCCCUUUGCACACAGGCCGGACGUGAGGGCCGGCGCUGUCUGCGGCCGCGCUUCCAGCGCUGGAGGGCCGGCCGGCUGCUGUACCACCUGGCCGGCUGGGUGGCCACGCGCGCCUGCCUCGCCUACCUCCAGAUACCGUUCGUGUUGCUUGACAUGCGCACCUCGCUGCGCGUCUUCUGGGACCUGUACUUUAUAGUGCACGUGGUGUGCGUGGCGAUGAUCCUGCUUCUGCCACGCCUGAUGCCGCCGCCCGAGAAGACGCCGAGCGGUUACCUGGCGGGCGCCUCGAUGUCCGUGACCUUGUCCAACGGCCGGGCGACCCGGGACAGCACCAAAGCGACGCUCGAAAACGGCCGCGUAAACCGGGAGAACGGCCGCCUGGCCAGUGACGUCAUGGCCGCCGGCCUGCGCCACCGGACCUCGAACGGCACGGGUCCGGGACCGAUGGUGAGCGAGCUGGCGUUGGCGGGCGCCGGCGCCGGGCUCCGAGUGUCGUGAGGUCAGCACGAGGUCGCGUGACGGGGUCUAGUCCCGCCGGCCGGCGGAGGUCGGACGGCCACGCCGGCAGCGCCGCCUGGUGAGCGGCCUCGGUGGACUGGAAGCGUCCCGCUGAUGACGAGCGGCGGGAGGGCUGAGCAGCUGCCGUGCCAAAGGCCGCGGGUGUGGCCUCGCGCCAGGGUCGUGUGUUGGAUAUGAUUGUGAACACACCGUGAGGCGUGGCACCUCAAUCCAGUUAAGUUCCAGCCGUAGGUGGGCCCGAGUGAAGUACUUAGUGCGCUUCGGACUUUUGCAGACAAUCCAGCUCUCUGUGGGUUCCUUUUUUAAAGGAGCUGUGAUCUUACGCUUCGUGCUGUGUUUUGAUGUGGCGGGUUUCCGCAUAAUUUUGCAUGUUUUCGUGAAUGGGCUCUGCACGUCAUCUUUUGCUGCUUUGUGCGCUUCUUUGUGAUCAACUCGGUGCGAGCGGUAGGCACAGAUGUGACGACGCGGGUGUUAUUUGGCACUGGCUCACUGAUUGUACUUAGCCCGCAACCGGAUAUCGCGU